AUGGCUGCGCCCAAAGAAUGGAAGAAAAUCUUGUAUGAAGAUCAAAAUAAACCUGAUAAUUAUGUGGACGAUAAAAGUUUUCUCCGAGAAUUAAAGAAAAACAAACACAUCAGAAGCUAUGAAUAUUGGCCUACUGUCAGUGAUUCAGGAUGUAUCACUCAACAAAUAAGCAGUGUAUGUAUAUUUGUGGUGAUAUUUAUGUAUAUGGAUAAUAAACAGUUAAAACCAGAUGAACUGUUUAUAGUUACAACAAUAUUAACUAUAAUUGGCUACAUUUGUUAUGUAAAAUUAGAAAAUUCUUCUAAUACUACUAGAUCUAACAGAACUGUAUGUGAUGAUAUGAAGACUAGUAUAAUGUUUGGUGGAUUUAGUUUUAGUUUAUCACCAGUAUUAGUAUCAUUAACAGAAACUAUUAGUACUGAUACUAUUUAUGCUAUGACCAGUAUGAUGAUGAUAGCUAAUAUUUUAUUCUAUAAUUAUUCAGCUGAUCAAGAUGAUGUGCCUGGCACUCUGUCAUUAAAUGCAGCUACAUUUGCUUCAAUAUGCUUAGCAUCAAGAUUAAAUACAACAUGGCAUGCAUUUUCUAUAGUUUUAUUUUCUUUUGAGUGGUUUGCUUUAUGGCCAUUAUUAAGACAUAGAUUGAAGACAAUAUAUCCAAAGUGUAAUAAUACAAUAACAGUAGUACUAGGAUUACUAGCAUUAGUAUUUUUACUAUCUACUACUAUACCAGGUGCUAUAUUGUUUCUCAGCAUACAUAUAUUUAUCAAUUUCAUCUGUCCUGCCUUUUUGAAAAUAUUACAGGUUCGGAAAAAUAAUAUCUAUGGACCCUGGGAUGAAGCUCAACCUGGAUUACAGAAUGUAAAAUCAAAAAGUUCGUGA